GUUGAAGGCGGACGGCGACUUCAACAGCAUAACCACCAGCCAUGUCGAUGGUAAUGCCCGAAAACUUUCAGCACAUCUUGCGUGUGAUGAACACCAACAUUGCUGGUGACCGCAACAUCAUGUACGCCAUGACCGCCAUCAAGGGUGUUGGUCGUCGCUACUCCAACCUCUGCCUCAAGAAGGCCGAAAUCAGCACCCGCCGCCGUGCCGGUGAACUGACCGAGGACGAUGUGCGCCGCGUGGUGACCAUCAUGCAGAACCCCCGCCAGUACAAGAUCCCUGACUGGUUCCUUAACCGCAAGAAAGACAUCAAGGACGGCACCUACUCCCAGCUUCUGGCCAGCGACCUCAACGUCAAGCUCCGUGACGAUCUUGAGCGCAUGAAGAAGAUCCGCCUCCACCGUGGUAUCCGCCACUACUGGGGUGUCCGCGUCCGCGGCCAGCACACCAAGACCACUGGCCGUCGCGGCCGCACCGUCGGUGUCUCCAAGAAGAAAGGAGGUUAA